ACCGAGUUUAUAAAAGCUCUCAUGAACUCGACUCGUUGCCCGUUUGUGCAAAAAACUUUUCAGUGACAACUUAGUGCUGCUCUUAAAUGGGGGCCUAAACAAAUCGUGUAGUUUUUAAUCGUUUUUCUGGAACCUUUAAAGAACUAAAUAUCGUCGAGUGAUAACGACACUGGGACCAUAUUUUUGUGUUUUAACUAAUCGAAGUGACAGUCGGGCACUAUGGAAGACGGUCACGCCAAAACAGUAGACGAAGUACUGAGGUACUUCGAUACAGACCCAGAACGAGGACUUUCAAGCGAUCAAGUCAAAAAGAAUCAAGCUAAAUAUGGACCUAAUGAACUUCCUGCGGAAGAAGGAAAGUCCAUAUGGCAAUUAGUUUUAGAACAGUUCGAUGAUCUACUAGUCAAAAUUUUAUUAUUAGCCGCUAUAAUUUCAUUUGUAUUAGCUUUAUUCGAAGAUCACGAUGGCGCUUUCUCGGCGUUCGUGGAACCUUUUGUAAUUUUAUUAAUUCUUAUCGCUAACGCAGUAGUAGGUGUUUGGCAGGAAAGAAAUGCGGAAUCGGCGAUCGAGGCCCUCAAAGAAUACGAACCCGAGAUGGGUAAGAUCGUUAGGUCCGACAAAUCGGGCGUUCAGAAAAUCAGAGCGAAAGAAAUCGUACCCGGAGACUUGGUCGAAAUAUCAGUAGGCGACAAGAUUCCCGCUGACAUCCGUUUAACCAAGAUCUUCUCGACCACCCUCCGCAUCGAUCAGUCCAUUCUAACCGGUGAAUCCGUAUCGGUGAUCAAGCACACCGACCCCAUCCCCGAUCCCAGAGCCGUCAACCAAGACAAGAAGAACAUCCUCUUCUCCGGUACUAACGUGGCCGCCGGCAAAGCCCGCGGCGUCGUCAUCGGCACCGGUUUGAACACCGCCAUCGGUAAGAUCAGAACCGAAAUGUCGGAAACCGAGGAAAUCAAGACGCCCCUUCAACAAAAACUCGACGAAUUCGGCGAGCAACUGUCGAAAGUCAUAUCGGUGAUUUGCGUAGCCGUAUGGGCCAUCAACAUCGGUCACUUCAACGACCCCGCUCACGGCGGUUCCUGGAUCAAAGGUGCCGUGUACUAUUUCAAAAUCGCCGUCGCCUUAGCCGUUGCCGCCAUCCCUGAAGGUCUACCGGCCGUAAUUACCACUUGUCUCGCUUUGGGUACCCGCCGUAUGGCCAAGAAGAACGCCAUCGUUAGAUCUCUGCCUUCGGUGGAAACUCUCGGUUGUACAUCGGUCAUUUGCUCCGACAAAACCGGCACGUUGACCACCAACCAGAUGUCCGUCUCUCGCAUGUUCAUCUUCGACAAGGUCGAAGGCAGCGACAGCAGCUUCCACGAAUUCGAAAUCACCGGCUCCACCUACGAACCCAUCGGCGAAGUGUUCCUGAAAGGACAGAAGGUCAAAUGCCACGAAUACGACGCCCUGCAGGAAGUCGGCACCAUUUGCGUGAUGUGCAACGACUCCGCCAUCGAUUUCAACGAAUUCAAACAGGCUUUCGAGAAAGUCGGCGAAGCCACCGAGACCGCCCUGAUCGUCUUGGCCGAGAAAAUGAACCCCUUCAACAUCACCAAAUCCGGCGAUCGCCGACAAGUGGCCAUCUGCGUCAGACAAGAGGUGGAAACCAAAUGGAAGAAGGAAUUCACUUUGGAAUUCUCCCGCGACAGGAAAUCCAUGUCUUCCUACUGCACGCCGCUCAAGUCCUCCCGUCUCGGCACCGGGCCCAAACUGUUCGUUAAAGGCGCGCCCGAAGGCGUAUUGGAACGGUGCACUCACGCCCGCGUCGGCUCCCAGAAAGUACCGCUCACCAGCUCUCUGAAGAAGAAGAUCACCGAUCUCACCGCCCAAUACGGUUGCGGUCGCGACACCCUGCGUUGCUUGGCCUUGGCCACCGCCGACAAUCCCAUGAAACCCGACGAAAUGGACCUCGGCGAUUCGACCAAAUUCUACACGUACGAAGUCAAUCUGACGUUCGUCGGCGUGGUGGGCAUGUUGGAUCCCCCGCGUAAGGAGGUCUUCGAUUCGAUCGCUCAAUGUCGCGCCGCCGGAAUCCGCGUCAUCGUCAUCACCGGCGACAACAAGGCCACCGCCGAAGCUAUUUGCAGACGUAUCGGCGUCUUCACCGAAGACGAGGACGUUACCGGUAAAUCGUACUCGGGUCGUGAGUUCGACGAUUUGUCCACGUCGGAGCAAAAGGCCGCUUGCGCCAGGGCUAGGUUGUUCUCCAGAGUGGAACCCGCUCACAAAUCGAAGAUCGUUGAGUACUUGCAAUCUAUGAAUGAAAUAUCCGCUAUGACCGGUGAUGGUGUGAACGACGCUCCGGCUUUGAAGAAGGCCGAAAUCGGUAUUUCCAUGGGUUCGGGAACGGCCGUAGCUAAAUCGGCUUCCGAGAUGGUGUUGGCAGACGAUAACUUCUCUUCCAUCGUGGCCGCCGUAGAAGAAGGUCGCGCCAUUUACAACAACAUGAAGCAGUUCAUCCGUUAUCUCAUUUCUUCCAACAUCGGCGAGGUCGUUUCCAUCUUCUUGACCGCCGCCCUUGGUCUUCCCGAAGCCCUUAUUCCGGUGCAACUGUUGUGGGUCAAUUUGGUAACCGACGGUCUGCCGGCCACCGCUCUCGGUUUCAAUCCACCCGAUUUGGACAUCAUGAAGAAGCCGCCGCGCAAAGCCGACGAAUCUCUCAUUUCCGGAUGGUUGUUCUUCAGGUACAUGGCUAUUGGUGGGUACGUAGGAGCUGCGACUGUCGGCGCCGCCGCCUGGUGGUUCAUGUACAGUCCCGAUGGACCUCAGAUGACCUACUAUCAAUUGACGCACCAUUUGCAAUGCAGCAGCGGUGGUGCCGACUUCAAAGGAGUAGAUUGUAAGAUAUUCAGCGAUCCUCAUCCGAUGACCAUGGCUCUCUCCGUAUUGGUAACAAUUGAAAUGUUGAACGCAAUGAACAGCUUGUCCGAAAAUCAGUCGCUGAUUGUGAUGCCUCCGUGGUCAAACUGGUGGUUGAUUGGUUCAAUGGCUCUUUCAUUUACCCUCCAUUUCGUCAUUUUAUACAUUGAUGUUCUUUCUGUUGUAUUCCAAGUAUGUCCAUUGACUGUCGAAGAAUGGAUGACGGUGAUGAAAUUUUCAAUUCCAGUAGUAUUACUCGACGAGACUUUGAAGUUCGUUGCCAGAAAAAUCGCAGACGGUGAGAACGCCAUUUACACUGUGCAUUGGAUGAUACUAAUGUGGGCUGUGUUCUUUGGCUUUUUGCGUGUGUGCCCCAUUUAAAAAUAAAAUAAAAGAGAACCAUACCGCAUCGGUCUGCUGGCCGGAAGACUGCCUCAACUAAGACGAGAGCAGGGCCUUAUUAGUGCGUUAAACGGGUGCAAUUUGAGUCAUUAUUUAUAUAAUAUUAAAAAAAAGGUGGAAUCGGUAUUGUAAGAUAUAUAAUCCGCGAGUUAAUUGCAAUAAACAGAUUUUUUUGUCGAUCGUAAUGAUUUUUGGAUUGAAAUUACUAUUUAUACUAGAUCUGAAAGUGCCUUGCAUAAGGCAUAUUAGGUUUUUUAUUUGUUUUUUGUUAGGGUUUUCUUUUUUUAUUUUGGGCAAAAACGCGCCUUUUAAUAUUAGUUGUAGAUUAUCAAUUAGUUACUGCCGCACUUUCAUCAAUUUCCAUUGUAUAAAAUUUAUUCACCGAAUGUUUUAAUACGCAUUUUUCACUCAUUUAUCGCCUGUAUAGAUCCGUUAUAGAAGGUGUAAAUUUAUUAAUUGUAUGAUUAGUUUUUUUUUGAUAAUAUACAGGAAAUUAUCCAAGUAAUAAUCAAGUGUUACCCGUUCUUACUCACUAUAAAGCACCUCUAACAACGCUACGCGAGAAGCAUUAAAAUACUCUCCGGAAUAUCCAAAUAACGCCUAAAGCAAUUUACGAGUCGCGUUAUUUGAAUAUUCAUCCGUACACCGAAGUGAGCUGUAAUCGUCGAAUAGUAAAAGGCAAGUUGUGUGGCCUUCUAGUGUGUUGUGAUCUUAGGUGAAAAAUACAAAACAAAAAAAAACACUGAAUGCAUGGUUUAUAUUAAACAAUAGGGAAAAAACGCGUCAAGACUGAAGUUUUUCGUUCAGUAACGAACCGUUUGAACUGUUAGUGAUUACCGACAGCUUAGAUAUAAUUGAGGAUUCGUUCGUUUUCGCGGGAAAAGGGGGUUUCAAAUUUCUAGUUCUACGUAUUGGAAAUUUAGUCUAUGACGAUAAGCAAUUCCUCACGUUUAUAUAGAGGCCGUUUCAGAUUUAUCCGCACCAUUUUCGACUCGAUUUUUUGGUAGGAAUUUUUUGAUAACUAUUUAUUACAAUUAAAGGUAUUGUGAUUUAUAAAUCACCUACUUCAUUUUACUUAAUUCGGAAUCGAACAACUCGUUCGAUUUCAUGGUAGCAUAAAAUUAUUAUAGUAUAGCAUUUUUACUAUAAGUCGAUAAGUUAUUGUCGAUUUAUCUUAAAGUUGCUAUAAGGAAAAUUGGAGUAUUGCGUCAAACGAAAAGUGAUAUUUUCAGUAGAGCAUUUAAUUAAUCGUAUAAUAUAAUCAAUUUUAUCAUAGGAAUAUAAUGGGGGAGUACAGGCAAAAUAAUGCGAGCCAAUUUCAAUCAGAUUAAUUUUGUAAUUUACCUCCGUCCAUUUUUCGGAUAACAUGUUAAUAAAGUUAGAUAAAGGACUAAACCUAGGUUUACCCGGGUAAAGUGCAAAAUACCCAAGAAACAUGGGAAGGGUAGGUUUUUUUUGGGUUUCUUGGGUUCCCGUUAGGCACCCGUUAACAUGCACCUAUCAUUAUUAUUACAGGGUGAUUAAAAUUAUCAAAAAUAUUCAUUAUCAAAGUGUUUUUUUGUUAUAGCUUCUAAACACAAAUAAUUAUAAUUAAUUAAACAAAAAUAUGACUCAAUUUUUUGCCUGGAAACCCGAAUAUAAAUAGUAUAGUACUUACAAUUGUUGAUAAAUUUGGAACGGUCCAUAGGCCUUAGAUUUUAUUAAAAAAUAUAUCUCGAUGAUUAAAAACGUAUACUAUAUGAUACAUAAAAAAUUGUAAAAAAUCAAAUCGGUUAGUACAUAAAUUUAGUAUCUAAUAGAAGAUUUUUGAUAGUUAAUCGACUUUCUAACAUACAUAUAUACCAGUAAUUUGUUUUUUAGCCAUCGGGAGAGAAAAGUAAAUCAUGAAAUUUAAAUUUUUAUGUAAAACGUUGUCUAUUAAUUUCGUGAUUUACGCUUGCGUGAAUAUAGUGACAAUGGUUUUUUUGAAUUAAUUUAUUUAUAUAAAAAGUUACAUUUUUUAAUAUUCUGUACAGACGUAGUUUACUUUCGCCCAUUUUACGAACGUUUUUGAUAGAUUUUUUAUAGCAUUUUUCCAAUAGGACAAGCCGCUUUAAAGGCACGUCCUACCGAUUUUUCCAAAGCGCCAAGCCGGUAUAAUAAAUCUCUAUUUACUAUGCCCGCUUAAAGGCGCCUCUUUUCAUACGCAGCAAGUUCAACAAAACAU